CAGAUGCUUCCGUUUAAAAAAAAGUUAAAAACUAGAUGUUCGAGUAACAAGAAUAACACCACAGGAUAAAAACAGUUCUACUCAAUAUGAGCCUAUAAUAUUGUAUUCAAUAAAAUAAAUAACAAUGAUAAUAUAGAUCUGUUGGCCAAUAUGCCUAAUUCUAUGUGAUAAAACUAUUUAAAUUUCAAAAUAAUUGUUAUAUUUAUCAGCUGUACAGUAUCUAGCAGUCUAAAAUGUCUGACAUACAUUCCACGUGUAUUAGCUUUGAGUCGGCUUGUGAGGAGUUGGCUAUGGACAAACCAGCUUACAUUGCCAAAAUGUUGGAAAGAGAAAAAGAAAACAAUGUUCUCAAGAAAUCAAGUAAACCAGAGUUCCAGGAAUCAAUGCACCUGUACCUGGCAGGUGACCACCCCCAGCUGACCACCGCCAGAAUCAUGGACGACGAUUGUCUCAUCCUGUACAAGACCCUGGAGGUCAAUAGAUUUGUACGCAGCAUUGACCUCAGGUACAACGUCAUCACAGAUAAGGGGGCCUUCAUUCUCGGGAAACUUCUAGCAAUAAAUAAAUUUAUCGAGGAGAUUAACAUUAUGUGUAAUGAUUUUGGAGGGGAUGGUGCAGUAGCCAUUGCUCAUGCUCUCAGGACCAACACCACACUAAAAGUUUUACGCUUGAAUGGAAAUAAAAUGGGGAACAAGGGUGGUAUGGCCUUUGCCCAGGCCCUUCAGAUAAACACAACCUUAGAAAGCCUUGACAUUGGUGAUGCUGACCUGACAAUCGAAUGCCUGAUAGCUCUGGCCACAGUACUGCGAGACAACCACACGCUCAAGGCACUCAACGUCAACAGACCACUGCUGUGGACAGUACAGGAGGAACCAACUGACCACUUCACCAGGAUGAUUAAGGUCAACAAAGGACUACGAGAACUUCACAUGCAAAAGUUUAACAUGCGAGAUUUAGGUGCUUGUCGUUUUGCUGAAAAUCUGGUUCACAAUUUCACCCUGACAUACUUGAAUCUUAGCUGUAAUAGAAUAACGAGAGACGGUGUGAAAGAGUUAUCCAAGGUUUUAAAACUAAACACAGCACUUAGGGUGCUAGACUUGAGUUUCAACAGACUGGAGGAUGAUGGGGCCAUGCAUCUGGCAGAGGCCAUUGGCCCUUACAACACAACAUUAGAGUGCCUGAACAUUGUUUCCAACAAGAUUGGACCUAAAGGCUUGUGCAGCAUAGCCGACGCCCUGAACUACAACUCAACACUGACGUCGCUGUACAUUUGGGGGAAUGAGUUUGAUGACACUGUUUGUAUGGCGUAUGCUGAACACCUCCACAGCAACCGCUUGCUGGAACCCAACUGCGACAUACACACGUACGUGGUAGAUGGGAAGGUUUACCUCAGCCAGACGGGCUACAUGCUCCGACGACAUUACUACUACGCUCCCAUAUUUGGGGACGACGUGCCCGAGUGGCAGAUCAGGGGGGAGCACCCACGCAGGGCAGAUCACACUGUCACCAUCAUCAAUGAGGAGGAGUUCAACUGCACGAUGUGACCUAAUUUGAUCUUAUGUUAAGAAAUUGAUUACAAUUAAUUACCGAGAGCCAGUUGCAGUUUUGUAAUAAUUUUUGUCUGUGAUCACCUUUCAGUCAAUUUUUUUUUUACCGCAAAAAUGUAAAGCCCCAAAAGAUUUUUAAUGUUGAUAAUAUAGUUUUUACUUAAAAAAACAACAUAAAAACUUAUUUUUUUAAACUCAAUUAAUGGUUGCAGCUUCUAAAAACAGCAUGUAUAAAAUAUUGUCUGACAAUAUUAAUCUGCAAUUUAUUGAAGGAAGAAACCAUCCCUCUAUAUAGAUAUCACACAUUUGAAGUAAAUGAAAAUUGCAUAGUCCUUAUCCAGUUUUUGGCAUUGUGGUAGAGAGUUCAAAUUUAAAUCUUGAAAAUAUUUCUUAGUUUUGUUAAAUAACUAUGUAUUCAUUAAAAUAGAACCACUAAAGUAAAGAUUUGAAAGUGGUCAGUGCCUAAAGGUUUGACCACUGCUGCCCACAGUAUUGUCAAUUGAAGAAUUUGAUUGGCUGGUCCGUUUUGUCCAUUUUAAUCAGGAGAUAAUUUGCAAAUACUUGGUCAGCUGUGACAAUAAUUUAUUGAAAUGUAUUUACAAAUCUUAAAUUAUCAGUAAAUAUUGUCCACUAAUUUAAGAGAGAAGUUUUUAUUUUGAGUCAUUACGGGCUGUAUUUGUCAACAUCCUGUUUUUU